AUGCAACGUUCAUAUCACAGUAUUUAUUCAAUAGUUUCAUCUCUUAAAGAUAAAUCAGACAUAUCUAUACUUCUAGCAAAUCAAUUCAAUGCUCCACCUUCAGUUCAAUCAACUACAGGAAUGAAUUAUAUUUAUAACGUUUCAUCAUUACUUUCCAUUCUAUGGUUAUCUCAUUUAAUGAAAAAUAGUCAACUAUCAAUGCCUCCUUCAAUAAAAUAUGUCAUAUGA